UGUCACUAGCUAGUGUCAUUUGGCAUAUUGGCUUGACUGGGCGGAGUGGGCUACACCGAAGUCCGGUAAAAAAAUCGAUUUAUUAAAUCAGUCGUGUUAUGAAAAUAGUUUAUUACUAACAAAAAUAGCGAACAUGUCUCAAGCAUUCACUAAGAGCGGCGACAAAGGUCAUGAUGAGAAAAUCCUCAUGCCUUACACAUACAUCUUGCAAGUGCCGGGAAAGCAGAUCCGGACCAAGCUCACCUGUGCGUUCAACAACUGGCUCAACAUCUCAGAUGAGAAGCUCAAGGCUGUUGGAGAGAUUGUGCAGAUGCUGCACAACUCUAGCUUACUAGUAGACGAUAUUCAAGACAACUCAAUACUCCGCCGCGGGAUCCCAGUAGCGCACUCCAUCUACGGCGUGGCUAGCACGAUCAAUGCGGCUAACUAUGUUAUGAUCAUAGCGCUAGAGAAGACUUUGGAGUUAGGGCAUCCGAUGGCUACAGCGGUAUACACAGAGCAGCUUCUAGAACUACACAGAGGGCAGGGCAUGGAGAUCUACUGGAGAGACAACUUCCGCUGCCCUUCAGAGGAGGAAUACAAGGAGAUGACCGUUAAAAAAACCGGCGGGCUGUUCAUGCUGGCUAUCCGCCUCAUGCAGCUGUUCAGCGAGAACAAGGCGGACUUCAGCAAAUUGUCGGCCAUCUUGGGUCUGUACUUCCAAAUCAGAGAUGACUACUGCAAUCUGUGCCUACAGGAGUACUCAGAGAACAAGAGUUUCUGCGAAGACCUGACGGAAGGCAAGUUCAGCUUCCCCAUCAUCCACGCCAUCCGCAACCAGGACGGCGACAACCAAGUACUUCAUAUCCUACGGCAACGCACCCGAGACGUCGAGGUAAAGCGAUACUGCAUCGCCUUGCUCGAGCGGCUUGGCAGCUUCCGAUACACGCGCGACACACUAGCAAGACUCGACGCCGCUGCCAGAGAAGAGGUGGCACGCCUAGGUGGCAAUCAAGACUUAGAAAAUCUUCUCGACGAGCUACUUAGCUGGCAGCGGCCUGAGGACGACUAAACACAAGUAGACCCACCACGAUUACCGCUGAAUCACACAAAAACAUACCUUACGCCAGUGACGUAAGAACUACGAAGGCAGCAGUUAUCGUGGUUGUUAAAUUUAAAGAUUUUGACAAUCGAGAUUUAAAUUGAUUGCCCCUUUAAAUAAGGUUAACAAUCGAAUAGCAAGAUUUCAAGUACAUUUUGAAAGCUUAACUUUCGAAUGCAUUGUAAGAUAGGGUAGUUGACUGACUAGUGAAAUCAGUAGGGGUCGGACAAAAAGUGCGGAUGACGUAAAAAUGACGUAAUCUUGCACACAGGAUGAUGUUUGAAUUUGUAUUUAAACUUCCGUGUGACAUGUAGUAACAAAGUAGUAUUAAUGAAGUAACAAAAUAAUCGUAAAUAAAUCCAUGAAAUUAAUAAUACAGGUGGUAGGGUGAUGUAGUGAAUAAAAUAAAUUUCACGAAACUUGUUACCAUAAGGUAUAAUUAUUUGAAAUUAGUUAGAACAAGUCUGUGGGAUUGCCACAAUAUUCGAGUAAAGAUGACAUUUUAGAGCGUUUUCUUAUACAUUAGUAAAUAUAAAUUUUAGCUAAAUAUAAUCGUGAAGAUACAAUAGCUAAACAAUAACGAAGUCAAUUUAUUGUUCAUCUGAUUGACAAUGUGUCAGUCAAAACCGUACUUACUCAUUUCAAGUGCCGAUAUCGUUUAAUAAAGAGGUUGAUAAAUGAUAAGUGAUAAUUGUUUAUGAAAAUCAAAAAUACUAUUUGAAAUCACCUAUAAGUGGUUUGACGUCAUCCGCACUUUUUGUCCGACCCCUGGAAAUCAGUUUCUUUUUCGAACUGUCAAAACGAUUAGCCACUAUGGAAUCUAUAUGAAAAUGACGUCACAGUCAAGUUACCUACUCUUUAUAAUUUAUUAAAUUGAAAUUGUUUGUGAAAAUAACUGCCGUCUGGAGUUUACUAAUAUUUUCUGGUGCUUUAUUUCGUGCAUGGUGUUAAAUAAUUUAUUUUAAAUUAAGGCAACAUACCUAUUAUUGAUAAUGGGGAGUUUUGAUUGUCAAAACCUUCAGUGUAUUUAUGUUGCGCGCUCACUUAAUAAAUUCCUGUACUUAUAGUUUGAAUAUAGUUAUUAUAUUCUAUGUUGGUGCAUCAGCCGAGCCGGGUUAAUGUUUUUAAAAGCCGAAAAUCAUUGAGUAUUAUAAUAAGUUUAUAAUUUUCCAUAGUUAUUUAGCGAUUGUGUAUUGUUAAUAACUUUCGCUCGCGAACGUAAAAGUUAGGUAGGUACUUACUGAAGUUGUUUUCGAAAAAUAUUUAUUAAAUAAUGUUGCUGUUGUUAUUUUGAGUAAUCUAUUUUAAAAAAUGCAUCUGAUGGUUGGAAUAUUUCGGAUUUUGAUUAUUAACUGUAUUUUUUCUAAUAGAUAUACUCUGGCACACCCACUUUGCUAGUAAAAAAGCUGGCAUAUUCUUCUCAUAGAAUAAAAUGACUUCUCAUAGAAUAUUUUAAUUUCGCGCCUUUUUCUACUGAGAAAGUGGAUGUAUCUGAGUGUAUAUUAAAAAUACUUAAGUAAAAUCGACCAAAUAUCGUGACAGUCAUAGUUAGGCGCAAUCAAUUAAUCCAAGCAGAUUGAUAUUGACAUAUAACAACUAUUAAUAAACAAAACUUAUGUUUUAUUACUACGAAACAGUGCGUAAAAAAGAUAUAAACCAUUUUUAAAAUAAAUAUCCGGUCACGCUUGGAUGUCACUCGCAUAUUCGUUCAUAUUUUGAUUAUUUUUUGUCCUUUAUUGGUUUCAUAAACAACAUAAUUAAACUUAUUGGUAUUUUUAUACAAUAUUGUCCACAAACAAUAUUGUAAAUAGUAACGUUUCAAGUGUGAUACGGCUAACAGAAACCUGACAAAUAUCUAUAAACAUAAAAAUACAUUUUUGCUAAUUUUUUAAACCAAGCUUUAUAAAUGUGACAAACUGGCUAGUCAUAUUAAAACAAAAGUCUCUUUUUGCAUACAACCUUCUUUUUAAAAUAUUUUUUUUUGUAUCAUAACACACGUGACAAUAACUGCAGAGAGCUGCAAAAGUUUGUGUUACCCUCUGUAUAAAUUAAUUCCAUUCGCAAAGCUCACUGUACAUAACUUUGUACAUUUACCCCCUUAUUCAUAAACGUCUACUAAAGUUACGAUGCCGCUAAUAAUCGUUUGCCCCUUUCCGACGUAUUGGUAUGAUGGCAAGGGACAAACGAUUAUUAGCGGCAUCGUAACUUUAGUAGACGUUUAUGAAUAAGGGGGUAAGUUGUUUUGUAGUACGAGUUUUGACUAGAUUAUUGGUAGUGUGCAAUUAAUUUUUAAAAUAUUUCUCAAAUGUUUAUCAAUUGUUAUUUCGCUUGUAUCAUUAAUAUACCAGUUGCGAUUAAAAUACGCAAUAAUUUUAACACAAAUCCAGCACAACAUCCAUUUAUGUUCAACAUAAAAAUGGUUGUUGAUUAAUGCAAGAUCUCUGCAAUGUUAGGCGUAAAUAAUAUAAAUUAGGGUAAUUCAAUCAAAAACUGGCCACCGUUCAGUAACUAGCCAUCUUAUACUAAAAUCAAUUCUGUGUAUACGUGAAUAGAAUUCAUUUUACAAGGUGGCCAGUAAUUGGCGAUUUACGCUAUGUAUGAUUUUUAAGCUACAUUAAUCAACUUUACAGUAGUCAUAACAUACAACAGAGUUAUCUUUUUUGUAGUUGAACUAACCAAGUGGUAGCCAGGAAACCUUCGGUUCAGUAGUUCUAUAAUAAUUUUUUUCACUGUGACAUUACAGGUUAUGUUCUCAAAUUAUUUGUAUAUUUUUAAGAAUAAUUGUUAUGAUACUUGUUGAGGCACUGUUUUAUUAAUCCGUAAUUUUUUUGUGUAAAAUAUCUUGGCUAAAAAAAAGUCAAAUAGGGUAAACUUUACUAUUGUCGAACCUAUCCAUUAGCCCCUUCAACCUUAAUAUAAGGCAGAAGGCAGCAAGUUAUCUUCAAAAAUAGGGCCGAUUAUGAGACAAUUUACCCUAUUAUGAACUAAAUUAGUCGCUACUACACCUCACAGUAUACCGUACCCAAUAAGAUUUAUACUUAUUCAACGAGGAUAUGAAAAGUAUAGCAUUCCAACAGAAGUACAGUCAAAAGAUGUAAUUUGUGACCCAUUUCGUACCUUGUUACAGUGACAAACAACGUGAAAGUCACUAGAGACCUCAUACUAUUGUCACUGUGAUACGAAAUGGGUCACAAAUUAAAUCUUUUGACUGUAUCAUGGAAACUGUUAUCCACGUGACUAAGCAACUGUCACUUUUUAAUACCGCUAGGUAGAAAGUGAACGACGUUGUCUUAAUCACGCUAUCGAGUGGAUAUCCUUGACCAUCACAUCUCUACUGUAAGGCUAAGAUGGUCAGUUUUUUAUCAUCUGUCAUCAUGCCUGUCACGUUCUAACAAGUAUGUAAGUGCGAAAGUGACGCAUGACCAGACAAGUGAUAAAAAUGCGACCAUGAUACAGCCGCUGGGUCCGUAAACAAUAUGACAAACGCCAAUAAAAAAAAAAGUGUCGACACAUGUCACUUCAUUUCCAAACAUUAUUAAACUCGUCGAGCGACAACCAUACCAAAAGUGUAUGCAAAGAAAUUUGGUCCAUAUUGCUCUAUAGUAACACGUGUGAUACAAAGUCGCUAUGAGUCAGAUUAUAAAUGUUAUAACCUCAAAAGUAAUGCUUUUUUUUUCCAAAAUUAAAUUUGAGUGUCGUUUGCAUAUGUAUUAUUAAAUAGUCAUUUACCACUACUUUAGACGUUAGAACAAUUCUAAUUAAAAAAAAAAAAACGUUAAAAGAGUUACUAUGUCGCUCGACAUGUAAAUUUUCGAUUGGCGUUUUAUUAAAACAAUGUCAUAUUGGCCCCUGGUGCGCCUCGAUUUGACGAAAGUGGAGUAAACAUAAGAGAUAGGUUGAUAUAAACAAGUAAGUCGUUCAGUAGCACUUUCUUUGGCUUACUCUCAUUAGACGUAGGACACAUCUUUGGACUUAAAUUUUUCAUACAUUUAACCUUUUGAACGCAGGCCUGGAUUUAGAGACCUGUAGAAUGUAAUAUUUACUGUUAUGGUAUGGCACUUUGAAUUUAGGGCCCCCUUCUCCAUCUUAAAACCAUUGCUAGGUUGCCUGGGUCUUAUGGGCCUAGGCAGAAAUCCUGUACUGUUUGAACGCCAAGAACACCUAAGUCGUCGUUACUAGUCGCGCCUAGAUAGGUGUUAUGGCGGACGCUGUCCUUUGAAAGCAAUGUAAACCUUACUCGAAAGUGUGAAGGUUACUUUUAACCUUUACACUUUCAAGGAAGGUUUACAUUACUUGAAAUUGUAAAGGCUCGCUUAUGCUUGGGACUUUGGCGUUUGAGUGCUGUGUGUUUAUGACAUAAAGCGUUCAAAGGGUUAAUGCAGUAAUAAACUUCUGAAAACGUUUGUUUAAGGUAUUUGGGCCUUAUAUGUUUCGAACCAUUUUAACAAUGGGUCAUCUAAGGCGCAAGUACCUUACAACAAUAGGUACUUCAAAGAAAAAAAUGAAGCUAAUUUUACUACCUAAUUGAAAGAAAAAGAUAUUCAAUUUAACGAAACUGUAAGUCAGCCGAUCAGAAGAUUUUCUGUAAGCUGAGAGAUUCGGAGUACUUAGCGUGUUAAAGCACUUUACAUAGAUUUUUAUAUUUAGACUGCACAUUCCACGUUGUCUACCAUUACGUAGCUUAGAGUUAGAAACUUGUAGGUAUGUAGCUGAAAUUGAAAGAUUUUUUAAAAUACUUUCGUAUGCAAAUGAGCAGACAUAAUCUAAGCAGACCAACAAAACGUGGCAGUGUAAGGCGGACUGGACGCAAGCGGCGAGCGGGAUGGCGGGCGGCGCGGUAAGCCACCGCCGCUGUCCAAAACAGGUUCAUUCAAGUCUAUACAUUUCCGCCCGCGGCAGCUUGCCGCACCGCCCGCCGUCCCGCGCGCCGCGUGCGUCCAGGCCGCGGCCUAAAUGAGACAGCACUAACCUCGUAUAUUUAUGCAACAACCAAAGGGCUUUGAGUUCAUUUCGUUUGCUUGUUUAAUAAUUAAUAUAGUCACAAAUUAGAUAAUAUCAUAUAUUUCCCCAACUUUGAUUGAAAUAGCAAGAGGUCCUCUUAAAAACUCACUCGAAUGUCACUCCAUCAAGGUCGUUAACACAUGUACCUACGAUGAAACGAAGAUAUUCGAGUCAAUUGUAGACCAUGGGAGAUUUAGUUAUAGUCAUAUUUGAGUGGUUUUUCGGAACAUCUUUAGCAUGUAGGUAUCAUUUUCAUUAAUUCACGUAGAUAUUUCUGACAAUGCAAUUGUUUUUUUAGUGCAAACGGCCGAAGUGAUAAAUUGUAAUAAUAGUUAUGGGUGUGUGCUUAUAUUUAGAAUUUAACACAGUCAAGUUUUAUUUUUAUAUUUUAAAGUAGUAUUAAAUCGAAUGUUUUGUUAAUAUAAGUUUUUUUUACAAGAUAGCUUUUAUUUCGAAUUAUAAUGUUUACGUAUA